UCUUUCCUUCAUGCUUGCUCUGUUGCUCUGCUCUUAUUAUAGGUGUUCUUGAAAAAACAGUGGAGGGAGAAGCCAAUGCCUUCACCAAGGCCAAAACCCUUUACAAGUCAUGUACCAAUGAGAGUUUAAUUGAGCUCAGAGGAGGGGCUCCUUUGCUCGACAUGCUCCCAGAUGUGUUUGAGUGGCCCAUAGCUGUGGACAACUGGGAAAUCAACUAUGGUAAACUAUGGAGGCUGGAGGACGUCAUUGCCAAGCUAAACGAAAAAUAUGGAACUCAACUCUUGGUGAACUUUUUUGUCAGCACCGAUGACAGGGACUCCAAUUCACACAUCAUUCAUUUUGACCAGCAGUCAACCCUUGGUCUCUUGUCCAGAGAUUACUAUGCCUGCACUGGACCCUAUGCAGAGGUAGAUCUAAA